UGGGGUAAGUAAGCGGAGAUAGUCUCCAGCACAGGAAGAAAUAAUACAACCUGAGAAAACAAGGGCUAUAAAUAAAAGAUCACUGGGAACUGCUUCCCCGGGAAGGUCCCAUGAUCGGUUCUCUUUCGGCAGGAUAGGCUCUGCAGUCUCACCCUGGAUGCUACAGCACUGGUCAAGAGAACAGUUCAAAGUCAUUUAACCCACCUUGAAACCCUAUCCCUGAUUGCCCCGGGACCCAAAGGCACUUGAAUCUCUAAGCCUUGAAGCUCGAGUUUACUUUGAUUUCCCCAGCUGACUAUUCAGGAGUUGGGUUUUGUUGGCCCCAGCCAAUAAGAAAGGCCGGUGGUGGGCUCGGCUUCUCCAGCCUCUUGGUGAUUGGCCCCGAACAACGAGAGGCUGGAAAGCUGGCCAGCUGAAGGUUCCGUAGCUGGAAGUAGGGGGCGAAGUGGGAGUGACAGCGCGUGCCCCUCACAGCCCCCCACCCUCGCCUCCUGCGCCCCCCCUCCACGGGCUCCGCUCCCCUCCUCUCCACUCCCCCUCCCCUUUUCUCCCCUCCCGGCCUCCGGCCGCGCGCUGGCUGGGCUCCGCAUUGCACACUCUGGGGGAACCGCAGUGUGCAUUCGUGGGAUGGGGAAGCGGGUUGCUGGAGACUGGAACCGAUGCGUGGCUUUGUCGCAAUUUCUGCCCAGUAAUAAGGAGCGCCUGAUCCCAGGAUCUCUGCAUGAGUGAGGCCCCGGUCUGCAAUGGAACCUUGGCCUGCACUGGCCUGGGCACUCCUCCUCAGCCUCCUGGCCGACUGUCUGAAAGCUGCCCAGUCCAGAGACUUUACAGUGAAAGACAUUAUCUACCUCCACCCUUCAACCACCCCAUAUCCUGGUGGAUUUAAGUGUUUCACCUGUGAAAAGGCGGCAGACAAUUAUGAAUGCAACCGAUGGGCUCCUGAUAUCUACUGUCCUCGAGAGACCAGAUACUGCUACACUCAGCACAUCAUGGAAAACACUGGAAACAGCAUAUCAGUCACCAAACGUUGCGUGCCUCUGGAGGAGUGCUUGUCUACUGGCUGCGUAGACUUUGAACAGGAAGGACGCAAGGUCUGCACUUCUUGCUGUGAGGGAAAUAUAUGUAACUUGCCACUCCCCCGGAAUGAAACAGAUGCAACAUUUGCCACCACAUCGCCCAUCAACCAAACAACUGGGCACCCCCAUCGUGUGUCAGUAAUAAUAUCAUGUCUGUGUGUGUUAUUGGGAUUAACCUCCUAAUGACUCUUAGUUGCCAUUUAUCUAGCGACCCAGGCAAAUCUGGAAGGAGGAUACAUCCCUACACAUUCCAUUGGCCUAACUAUAGCACAUAUUUAAAAUUAUAAUAUUGGAGGAUGUUCCCAUUACUAAGAAUUUUAGGUGUUUGGGGACAUGCCCAUCAAGCAUCAUUGCUUCAAGUUAGGAAACAAAAUUAGUCCAUUGUAAUCAUCUUGAAUACACCAAGACCCUUUCCCAACCAGACUGCUCCCAGCAUGCAUAUCUGAGUUCUGUAUCACGAUCUUUUUUUCCCUCUCUGAUCUGGCUCUAUAUUUGUUUAAAUGCAACCACCAAUUCAUGUUGAUAAUUUUAUUUUUAUUCUUAAUGGAAAGGAUUUGGUUGUGUGAGGAGCUUUUUGAUUGGGUGUCUGGAAGAGUUAUUUUACCUUCCACAAAGGAAAAUUAUAUGAAAACAAACACAAAACUCUGCAGAGAUGAUUUAUCUAAGGAUCAAGUCCAUCUCUGUUCACUUUUAAUUCUCUUGCCCAGCUUUUUGAGAGGUAAUAAGAAUUAUAAAGAUAUUGGUAUAUAUGGAGAGGAUUUGAUAGAAGAGCUCUCCCUCAGUAUAGUUGCAUCAUACAUUUUUACUCUGACUAUGCCUAGUCCUAUUUAUUGGCCUCUGUCUGGAGUCCUUGGGAAUUCUAGCUUCUGUCCAUUUAAUCACAUCAGGGAUUGAUCAAGUAUUUAUUAAAUGCCUACUAUGUGCCAGGCCCUGAGGAUACAAAGAAUGAAACAAUCCCUACUUGUAAUGAGCUUAAAAGCUACACUUCAACUGAAGUCCCUGUGGAGGAUUCCUCUGAACAGGAAUGAAAAGCCACUGGAUAGUUUUCCUGUUUCUUAUCCCGGGAGAAAUGAGGUUGAAGUAAGGAGGAGCUUGGAGGAUGGAACCAUUCCCUCUGAGCCCAAGAAGGGAUUUAGUCAGCCCUCUCCUCUACCCAUGGGGAGACUAGAGCCAGUGAAAUAUAAGUGAAUUCAUCUUUCCAUCCAUAGUUCUUCUAUGAAUGAAUUUCCAUUAUCCUCGCAGGAAACUUCUAGUAAAAUAAUUGAGCUUUGGGAUAGAAUCAUUGGUUGAUAUCUAUGGCCUGGGAGGCAGGGAAGAAAAAGCGGGUAUGAGUAGGAAAAGAAAAAAGGUGCUAUGUGAGAAUAGGUAAAGGGGCCUUAGCAAUUGCAAACUCUCAUUUUGUGAGUGUUUGCUCCUGAGGUAGAAGGUGAAGUUUUCACCAUCUUUAGCUAUAUUUUUGACAUCCUAUGUUGCUAUUUUUCUUUUUUCUUGUAAAUCAUUUAUACAAUAUUUAUUUUUCUAUAACAUAACUAAAAAUGAUAAUGUAUUAUAAAAAAUCCAUUGUUCAGACCAUGUUCAGAGAGAAGUUAUUUUUAAAGAGCAGUAAAACUUGUAAUUAUAUUUUUGUUGAAAAUCAUCAAUAAUCCUUUGCACCAAUGCUAAACAAAACAAAACAAAACAAGUUGCCUUGUGUUGCAUGAGUUAAAAAUGUUUUUAUCCCAAAAGAUAUUGCAGGAUGGUCUCCUCAGCAGGCUUGCUCUAGGAGUAUUUGUACAAGAUAACCAUUAUUGUCCUGAGUUUCUGCAUAGAUUCACACUGAGAGUACACAAUGAAACUGAAUGGAGCCACUGCUAAUGAAGAGGAAAAUGGCGCCAGGGUCCAAGUGCCACAACCAAAGGGGUAUCUUUGAAAAUAACUUUAAAAUGUUGCAUUCAAGUAUGCAUAGUGGGAAUCUCUUGGGUAUAAAGUCCUAACAAUACCAUAUGGAAUUUUAAUCCAGAAUAAGGAGGCAAUGUGGUACAAUGGAAAGAACACUGACUCUGGAGUCAGAAGACCUGAGUUCAAAGCUCUGCCUCUCAUGAUUAUUACCUUUAUGACCUUGGAUAAGUCACAUAAUUUCCAUAGACCUUAAUCCCCUCAUCUAUAAAAAUGUUGAAGUUAGACUAGAUAACCUCUGAAAUUCCACCUAGCUCUAGAUCUGUGAUUCUACAAUCUAACUUGGAGCUGACUAGUCAAAACUUAGGGCCUUAGGACACUGACUCUGGAUGUUCUCUUUAAAAAGAGAUGCUGGCUUUAUAGCUUAACAUACACUUAACAUGGACUUGAGGCAAGUGAGGAAGUCAUUCAGUUGAAUCAUGGCAAAGAGCCAAAGAAUGUUUACACUGAAAGGUACCCUAGAGAUCAUGAUGUCAACUGGAGAAAUAGAGCACUUCAUGUUCAAUGUUAGUGGAUUUGCUACAGGGACCUCCAGCAAGGGCUCUCCAAUUCACAUUAAAGUGGCUUGAUUUAACCCGGCUUCUCAUGGAGUCCCCAGUUCCUAGAACUCGUCUCUGGAGGUCACAGAAGUUUAUUCACAACAUCACACUACCUCAGAGUAUAAUUAGGCAUUUGCUCAAUAGGCUAUGGGGCAACCUAACUCUUGCAGUUUUAGGUAUAUAUAUAUAUAUAUGGUAAAAGACUAUCAAUGAAGUCUUGAAGGGGAUGUGACCUCUUGGAAGAAGGGACACUAAUAAAAUCACAGGUCCUUGAAGUCUUGCCAUAUAAGAAUGUGGAGGGAAACAGUGAUGAACUAACCACUCCUUGGAAACUCUGCCCAAUGGCCUGACCUCAUGGACGUUUCCCAACCUGCUUUGUGGAAGUCAUAGAACCCUGCUCAGGCAGGUAGUCUUCAAUCAAGAACUCUGGCCUGACCGUCUGCUUCUUUCUCUACAUCUGCCUCAUUCCUCUUGCUGAAAGAGGUGAUAUUUUGACGUUGCUACUAAAGAUGCUAUAAAACAUAAUGGAGGUGUUGAUAUCCUUCAUGUCUACAAAUUGAUUUGCAUGCAUGGGUCUCUCUCUUUCUCUCUCCAUUGAUUCCUUUUAAAGUAAUGCAUGGCACUUUGAGUAAGAGACAAAAUUACAAAUGUUGGUCCCCACUGACCCAAGUGAUCCCGCAAAAGCCUGCCUUGCUAUGUAUUGUGCAGGAUCUAUUAGUCUGAUGGUCAAAUCCAUGGACUUGAACAAAAUCUCUAAGCCAGGGUUUACUGACAGAUGUGAAAACCUGUUUCUGUGUGAGCCCAUUGGGAUGGAUCAUGUUUUCUUCUGUACAAAAGAAUGUGGUAUGCCUUACAUUCCAGGCUUUACCUUCAACCUAGAGUAGCCAGCCAAAGGAUGGGUCAUUCACAUGAAAGGCACAUGGCUAGUUUAGCCUUUCCACCACAUUAAUUCCCUUAGAAAAUGCCACCAUCAGCAACUGCAUGAAGUACAAAGAGCAAUCACGUGUAUUUAAUCCCUAUAUGCCAUAUAUUUAUUUUUAGAUUCUCCGCAACAUUCUCAUUUCAAAAUGGGUGUGAUGGAUAUCUAAAUAUUGUAAAUACUGUACAUGUUGUAAAUGGAUGAAAUAAAGAUUUUAAGUGCA